GGAGAAGCCUUAACAAAAAAGUCAGAGGGGACACGCAAACUCCCACUGGAUUACAUGUGAUUGCGUUUGGAGUUUUCCUUGGAUAUUAACGCGCAUCUAUUCCCGGAUUAAUGUGGACGCAAACCUGUGGAUUGAUCUGUAGUUGAAGCUGGUGGCCGAGGUGAGGUGUGUUUUAACGGAGAAGUGAAACCAUGUGGCUUCUCUGCUCCUCUCUGACUCUGCUGGCCCUCAGCCUUGGAUGGUGCGACACGCUGACAUCGGAGCAAGAUGUACAAUGCCCGUCCUUACAAGUGGAUGAGUGGAAGUUUCCUCAGACGGACAGGCAGAACAUCACUGGUUUUAAUCUGGUGAGGCGAUUCUCCCUGCUCAAGAGUCCAGAUGUCAAGAAGAUCCGCAACCCACGAGGACCCAUCAUCCUCCGCCUGGGCAAGGUAGCCCUCCUACAACCCACCGAUCAGGUGUUCCCAUAUGGCUUACCGGAGGAGUUCACCCUGAUCUUCACCCUGGCUUUAAAAAAGGCUGCCCUGAGGGACACCACCUACCUCUUCCAGAUAUCUGAUCAGCAGGGAUACCCACAGCUCUCUGUAGACCUCAGUGGCCCCGAUGGCACCCUGUCCCUGAGAGCCAAGGGGGUGGACGCCGAUGCCGACCUGGUGAGCUGUGUUUUCACUGGGGAGGGGGUGGAGACACUGAUGGACCUGCGCUGGCACAAGGUGGCGCUCAGCGUGCAACAAGGGGUCGCCUCCCUUCACGUGGACUGCAGAUCCAUUGAGACCAAGCCCCUGGAGCCCCAUGGAGCUCUGGCCACUGACGGACACACUCUGCUGGCCAUGCGGGCCUCUGAUGCCGCGCCUGUUCAGAUGGACAUUCAGCAGGUGAUGCUGUACUGUGAUCCAGCCCUCGCCAGUCAGGAGACCUGCUGUGAGAUACCUGGAGCUCGGUGCCCCCCCGAUGCUCCCAAGAGCCGCCGUGCUGCUGAGAACGACCUGUUGGAAAACACGUUUCACCAGGUAAUGAAUUUAGGUGCAGCCGAGGGGUUGAAAGGGGCAAAAGGUGACCGGGGCGAUGACUGUUCUGGCACCGAUUCAGGUCCAUGCACAGAGGGAUCCAAGGGCCAGAAGGGAGACAAAGGCGAUUCGGCGGCGCCCGCCAACUGGGGCGAGGCGGUGGGGUACAAGGGAGACAAAGGUCAGAAGGGAGAGAUCGGUCAACAAGGUCUCACAGGAACUCCAGGGAGGGACAGUCGAGGAGGGUCCAUCUGUGUAAUCGGCCCAAAGGGACAGAAGGGAACCCCAGGUAUGGUGGGCCCUGAAGGGUUGGCUGGGGAGCCAGGGAAGCCUGGACGCCCAGGCCCAACCGGAUUCGGAAUGCCAGGCACACCAGGUCUUCCUGGUGAACCGGGCGGUGCAAAAGGAGACAAGGGCAACACAGGAGCUUCAGGACAAGAUGGAGGGCCAGGAGAUCCGGGACCGAGAGGACCAGGGGGCUACAAGGGAGAGAAGGGUGACCCAUGUGAAGUGUGCCCUGUGCUGCCUGCAGACAUGGGCAACACAGUGGCUCUGCAAGGGAAGACCGGCCCUAAAGGAGAGACCGGAUCACCAGGGAUAGGAGAGAGAGGAGUGUCUGGGCCUCAAGGUGCAGAAGGCAAGGCGGGACACAAGGGAGAACCAGGAUCACAUGGCACCAAAGGAGAAAAGGGAGAGCAAUGUUCUGUGUGCCCCACUUUCGGAGAGUUACCCUCGAACCCAUUCCCCGGUGUCGGGACCCAAACCCUGCAACAGAAGGGAGAGAAGGGAGAGUCUGGGAUUGGAGAGAAAGGAGAGCAAGGGGAGCCUGGGAAGGAAGGACCACCUGGCCUUAGCGGAGAAAAGGGAAGUGCAGGCAGCAAAGGGGGUGAUGGUAAGCCGGGAAAGCUCGGACCGAGGGGGCCCAUUGGCAAGGAUGGACCGAAGGGCUCAAAGGGAGUGGAAGGGCUGCCAGGUAUUGGUACGCCCGGCCUAAAGGGUGAGAGGGGCGAGUGCGGCGUGUGCCAACCGUCCGAGGUUGGCAGCGGGCCUGCCAACUACAAAAUGCCUGAUGGAACAAGAGGCAAACCAGGCGAACCGGGCCCUCAAGGGCUACCAGGACCUGCAGGUUCCGGAGCUGAUGGCAAACAGGGCCCGUCAGGUCUUUCCGGUGCAAAGGGAGAACAGGGUGUACAAGGAGAUCAAGGAGAUAAGGGAUUGGAUGGAACUCACGGAACCCCAGGACUGCCUGGAGAGCCCGGACGGGAUGGAUUUACUGGCUUGAAGGGAGACAAGGGUGAUGCUUGUACCAGCUGUCCCUCUUUGGACACAGUAGCGGGUGAGGGUGUCGCCGUGCCAGGUCCAAAAGGAGAGAGAGGAGACCCCGGUGCCCCAGGAGAAGGGAAGCCUGGCAGGAAUGGAAAACCAGGUUUGCCAGGUGUGCAGGGGCCUGCCGGUCCCAAGGGAAGAAAGGGAGAAACUGGAGCUGCGUCGGCCGGCAUUCCAGGCUUUCAAGGUGAAAAGGGAACGAGAGGGCUGCCAGGAAUUGUUGGACCAGCUGGAGACAAAGGAUCAGUCGGCCCCGUUGGUCCUGAAGGAGAAAAGGGAUCUCGAGGAGAUGUCGGGCCUCCAGGACCACAGGGGCCUGCAGGCAUUGGAGCAGUAGGGCCCCCGGGUAAAGACGCAGCCCCCGGCUCUGAUGGAUUGCCAGGAGCCGACGGCAGACCCGGACUUGAUGGAGCUCAGGGGGACAAGGGUCAACCCGGAGAGUGCAACUGCAUCACGCCGCACACGGGUGUCGGCGGACCUGGAGCUCCAGGAACUUCAGUAAACAUGUGGCAGCCCGGGCCUCAGGGCCUACCAGGACCACCCGGCCCCCCUGGCCCACCUGGGCCGCAGGGUCAUAUUGGAAACGAAGGAACCCAGGGUAUCCCGGGAAACGACGGGAUACCGGGGAACCCGGGUUUGCCUGGAUACAGCAACACCAUCAGGCCGGACCAGCUGCCUCAAGAUGUCCCUGGAGCAGACGGGGACGAAAAAUGUGAGGGUGACUGUUCCCAUGGGUUGCCAGGGGUGCCCGGCCUGUCUGGGGCCAAGGGUGAGAAAGGAGAUGAUGGCAAGGCUGGGGCAACCCCCUUGGACAGCUGUGACAAGUGUUUGGAGAGACGUAAUACGGAGCAGGCGACACAACCAGCGUAUGACCAGCCGCGCACGGGAUCACCAGGAGUUCCAGGAACGCCGGGGCAACCAGGAAUAAAAGGAGAUCAAGGUGCACAUGGAGAGAGAGGCCAAGCCGGAUCACCAGGACACUUGGGACCUCCUGGUUUCCCAGGUCCUCAGGGCCCAUCUGGUUCAACUGGUCAGCAGGGCGAGCAAGGGCCACCCGGCCUCUCAGGAUUGAAGGGCGAGCAGGGCACUUCUGGGACAGCGGGCUACCCAGGAAGCAUGGGACCGCCCGGCAUGCCUGGACUGAAGGGUGAACGUGGGGGUCCAGGAAGCGGUGGUCAGAAAGGAGAAUCUGGUCCACCUGGUAACCCCGGGUACCAAGGACAGGCUGGCUCACAGGGCAUAAAAGGAGACACAGGACCAGCAGGGCCAGGAGGAAGCAAAGGGGAACCGGGUUUCCAAGGACAACCAGGCUUCCCAGGAUCACCCGGUCCACCAGGUCAUGCUGGCAAGAGCGGAAGGGAAGGCACGCCGGGGCUCAAAGGUGAAAAAGGUAACGAUGGUACACAAGGGUCUCAGGGACCAACAGGACCCUCAGGCUCACCAGGCUCUCCAGGAUUGAUGGGCCCCCCUGGCAUUGAAGGACUGGAUGGUAAAGACGGUAAACCAGGGCUGCGGGGAGAGAUGGGACCUGCAGGCCCAGCAGGACCAAGAGGAAUACCAGGAUUCAAAGGGAAAACUGGUCAUGGUGGCUUCCCCGGACAGAAGGGUGAGGCUGGACCCACAGGUCCCCCUGGAGCUUCAGGCAGGCCCGGACAUGAGGGUGAUCCUGGUAACCCAGGAACUCAAGGCCGACCUGGCUCCCCCGGCAACAUUGGAUCCACUGGUCAAGCUGGAUCUCCAGGACCUCCUGGUCCAUCAGGAUUGGGUAUAAAGGGAGAUAAGGGCCAGGCUGGUGAUAGGGGUCUGCCAGGGAUGGGAGGACCCCCAGGAGCCCCUGGGCACCCAGGUCCCUUGGGAGAGCCAGGCACGGAUGGUGCUGAUGGUAAAGAUGGAACGACAGGGCUACCAGGGGACAAUGGGCAGACAGGUCAAAAGGGUGAAGCAGGGACCCCGGGCCAGAGAGGUAAUCCAGGUGAGAGGGGCAGACCCGGGCCUCCUGGUGGUGGAGGGUACCACUCCAAGGAUGCACAGCCCAUGAUUGGCCAAGUCGGACCCAGAGGGGAGAGGGGAAGCCAAGGCUCAGCGGGAACCCCGGGGGUCCCUGGACCUGCGGGUUCACCAGGAAAUGAUGCUGUAGUCAAUUAUGAUGAAGUCAAAAACUUCAUCCGCCAGCAGGUCAUCAAGAUCUUCGAUGAGAGAAUGGCGUACUUCAUGUCUCGCAUGCAGAUGCCAGUAGAGAUGGUGGCUUCCCCAGGUCGCCCCGGACCCCCAGGGAAAGACGGUACCUCGGGUAAUCCCGGAAACCCAGGUGCGCCUGGCAACCCCGGGCAGAUCGGCAGACAAGGCCGACCAGGAGCCCAAGGACCCCCAGGAACUCGAGGAUCAAAUGGAGAAAAGGGAGACAAGGGUAUUGGAGAGAUGGGAGAUGUAGGACCUCCAGGAGCACCAGGCAUGCCGGGGUCACCUGGCUACGGUAAGAUGGGACCUCCAGGUUCUGUUGGUCAGCAGGGCGUUCCCGGCAUCCCAGGACCUUCUGGUCAGCCUGGUUCAAAGGGAAAUGAUGGCCGGUGUAAUCCUGGAGACUGUAGGAGCCAUCAAGCAGAGUACACCCCCAAGGGCCCACCUAUGAAGGGCCCCUGGUAGAAGGGAUGGAGGAGAAGGGCAGGGGGGACAGAAGCAAAGAGACUACGGACAAGACAGAAUUACCAAAGACCAUGAUCCAAAGUUAUUGAAUUUGAUGAAAUAAAGGAGCGGCUGUUGUUGUUAUAUUUGAGUUGUAUACAUUUUAACCCACGCAGAUGUUUUUUAACUGUAGUUCUGAGCAAAAAUCCACAAUUUCAUUGUAAGGGCCUCACUGGAACCGAGGUCUACGCCAAAGCAGCAGCGGUUUUUUUUUUAUCGCUUCAUUCUUUUUCCCUGUGAAAGCCAAUUCAUUGCUUUAUUACAACCUCUUAUUUUCUCCCUACGUUUUCACUCCUUUUGUACAUUUUCAAACAACCCAGGGGAGGUGACAAGAAUCACAAUCUGUAUUUGCUUCUCCUUGAUUUAUUCUGGCUUCUUCUGUUAUUUUUUUCCCUCUUUCGUCUUAAAUCUGCAGGAAGAGAAUGCACACAAUUAUCGGAGCACUUUGCUUCCACCUCUCGUAUCUUUCUUCCUUUGUCACUGAAUCCCAUUUGGAUUGCAUCCCGCUCAUUUCAUAUUCUGUCUCAGUGCCUGAGGUGUGAUACAUAUUUGAAUAUGACUUGUAAGAGAAUAUCCCUAGAAAGGUAUUUCGGUUUUGUAGAAACAGAAGAAGUCGCAAACUUGCAUUCAUACCCUCUUUGACUGUUUUGUAUAUAUUUAUAUUUAUAUAUAUGGUGGCUUUUGAUACUUUUCAAAGGAUUUGAUAAAAGUCGUAUGCAUGGCUAAACAUUUAAUUUUUCAUUGUCAGUGGUUCCACGGCAACAAAAAAAUGCCACAGGGUUAUUUUUCUAUAAGCUUUCAAAAGGGAAUAAGUGUUCAGUAAGAGACAAAUUAUUUAUAGAGGAAAAUUGUGUUUACAUGAGAAAGCACAUUGGCUUUUUGUAAUUAUUUUUUUGCUCUGGUACAUUUUGCUCAUUUUAACUCUGGAGAAAAAGUCAUUUUAAUGCACCUCAUCUCAUCUGGUAUUCCAAAGUAGCUGUAAUGGCCGUCUGUUCGCUUCACUCAGCACUUGUUUUAAGAAAAUUACAGGAGCAAUAAUUGAGCCCAAUUACCAUAGGUACUGUAAUAUAUUUUGUGCAGACACAAGAAAAACAACAAUCACAUAUGAGGAUAAAAACAUGGAAAAGUGUUUCAUGGUGCUGUUUUUUCAAAUUUUUUUCACUUGUGUAUCAGAAAAUAGUAUUUUGGAUGAUUAGUAAUCACAGUUCAAACCAAAUUUCUCACAAGCUCACACGACUAACUAUUGUAGGACUUCAAACUGAAUCCCACUGUUAUGUCAACCAACAUUAAAAUACUGUAGCAUUGAUCAUCCAGAGAUUAAGAGACAAUGGGCCCCUGGGCAUAGACAUGUAGAAAAGACCCCUCCACCGCUGGUAGCACAUCCAGAACAUGGCAGAAGUUGGUAAUGUUUCAAUUCUCUUUAAAUUGUUUAUAUAUUUUUGUGUUUCAACUUGUGUCUCCUUUGUAUCCUUUUGUGUGUCUUUGUGGUCUUUUGAGCCUCUUUUUUUUGAUGGAUUGACUCUCCGACAACAAAAUGUUCCCUGUCGCCUCAAACAGAGGCUCCGGCCCAAGGGCCCGCUGUCCAACUGUGUAUCCAUCCACUCCACCUGUGCAUCUGUUGCUUCACUGUCAUUGUGUCUUACAUAUGUUGUUUUUAUGAAACAUUUAAGAAUGAAAACCAUCAUUUUGAAAGCAGAA